AUGGGAUCUAUCCAGGAUUUAUUGAAUCCGCUACCCGAGGGUUCGCACGUCGGAUACUCAAGAGGUAGCAGGAAUUCCACAUCGGCCCCUAGGUACCGCGAGAAGAGAUCUCGAGCACCAAAGGACGGCCCGAUGUUUCGUCCAGGAAAUCCUCAUGGCGAAAUUCGCUUUCCACCAUACGAGGCACAUGACGAGGAACUUAUUGAAAUCCAUCAAAAGUGGAACCUGUAUCCUAUGUACCAGAUUGCGGAUUAUCCUCGACAGAUUCCUUAUGCGAGUGAUAAAAAGUCGUUCCAAGAGAGAACGGGACGUGAUAGCUUCCAUGUGUUUAACUAUACUUUCCAAGUGCCGGAUGAUAAGGGUGAUACCAAAACAACAUGGACAAUUAUGUGGGACUACAACAUUGGGCUUGUUCGAACUACUCCUCUAUUCAAGUGCAAUGACUAUUCAAAGACUGCACCAGGGAAAGCAUUAGCAUCCAAUCCAGGAUUGCGUGAGAUCUGCCACAGCAUCACCGGUGGAGCACUUGCAGCCCAAGGAUAUUGGAUGCCAUACGAAGCUGCCAAGGCCGUAGCUGCUACUUUCUGCUGGAAGAUUCGAUAUGCUCUGACACCGCUUUUUGGAAACGACUUUCCCAAUAUGUGUGUCGAUCCGCAAGACCGACUCAACUUCGCACGCAUGGUGAUUGAUCCUGAAAUUAUCAGACGAGCAGCAGAAACAGCCAUUCAUUUCCGCUCUCUUGAAUUACAGAAAGCUCCCUCUGUUUCAGACAACCCUUCAUCCAGUUCUUCCACCUCCGGCAUAAACAGAUCAAACACAGAGGCGGGCCUCUGGGACGGUCCUACUCUACACAUCAGCAAUAAGUUGUCUCGUCGUACCUACGCCGACAGUAUCAGCAGUACGCGGGGCUCAUCAUCAGAGCCUUCAUACUGUGCUUCUCCCCAGAGCCCAAUGCAUGGCGGUUUCACGCCUGUGAAUGCACCUCGAAGCUCAAGAACCGAAUAUCUUCAAGACUUCCAGUCUCCUAGGGGUUUCCUGGAAUGGGCCCGUUCCUCGCACAAGAAGAGUCUAUCAGAUGGUAGUCGAGCAGAGAAUGAGCUUGAUACCACUGUCAUUCAGCCUAAAAAAGCCCCAUCAUCUAAUUCAUCCGAUGGAAACGGCGAUAUCAAGAUGGACGAAAGCUCUACUACUCGACACAAAAGAGUAACUCCGAGACACUUUGAUAUGAGCAGCUCCGAUGAUGAAGACUCUAUGGACGAAGAUGGAGGGGAAGAAGACGAAGAAGAGUACGAGCCAAACUCUAAGGAACUCAAGAGACCAGAUUUGCGACAGAAGCGUCAACUCAAGAAAAACCCAUCCCGUUCUGCAAGAGCAAAGUGCAGAGAAAACACACCAGUAUCAAGCCACUUUGUGCACGAGGUUAAGGCUGCCCAGGCUUUAUUGCAUUUGCAUAAACAGGAGGCAAAAUCCAGCAAUAGUGACGGCGAUGAGCCCAUGAAUGAGCCUGUCUGGAGCUCGCUUAGGUCACGAUCUAUGGUUUCUCGGGAAGGGGAGAAGAAAAGGUGUGCUUCUUUCUGA